AUGCCAUUCUCCUCAACAGGAACCUUCUAUAAGUACCUCAAUCCCGAAGCCCCGAAAGUCAUUGUUUUCUUUCAUGGCCUCGGAUCGUCGCUAAAUUACUACUUCCUGAUUGCUUCAGCUCUCAGCUCCAACUAUGGGUGUCUUUUACUAGACAAUCCCGGUGCCGGACGGACAAAAUUGUCACAGGACAGUGUUUCUGCGAAAGAAAUCGGAUCUACGGGUUUGUUGCUCAUAGAAGAGCUCGGAAUUGCCAAUAAGGAGUUCUUGUUGGUGGGUCAUUCCAUGGCCGGGUUGGUAGUCAACUACCUUGCGGGUGGCCAUGCAGACGGGAUCAAUAUUUCUGGAUGCGUUUUGAUUUCACCUUUGCAUCCGCUUGCAGAAACCAAACCAGCAUUUGAGAAAAGAAUCGAGAUGAUCAGAUCUUCAAAUAGUAUGGAGGCUGUGGCCGAGGCCGUGAGCACGAAUGCUCCGGGAUCAAAGUGUUCCAGAUUCAAGAAGGCAUUCAUUCAGGAAUUGGUUUCUGCCCAGAGCCCCGAAGGAUAUGUAGCCAAUUGCGGAGCCAUUCUUAAUGCCUGUUCACACGAGGAUGAGUUCAAAAAGUUGUACAAGCAGGUGGAGGUUCCUGUUCUCUUUAUCUUGGGUGACGAGGACAAGACCACUCCAUUCGAAGGAUGUGUAGAGUUGAUAGCCAACGGAGUGAAGGACAAGACUAUUGUGACAUUAAAGGGAAUUGGUCACUGGGCUGCUUUGGAAGACGAUGAGACAGUGCUUGAAGAGAUAAAGAAGUUCUUGAAAAAGAUCUCUUUUUAA